GGGAAGUGUGUGCUCCCCGCCGGGAGCCAGGGAGCGGUACCUCCUCAACCCUGAGGAAGUUACAUUGGCACGUCGGAGGCGAGAAACCUCCAGCUCUCCUAGCACACUCAUGUGUUUUUAAAAUUCAGCAAACAAUAGAUCAUCUAAGCUUCCUUUUCUGCGAUUGAAGAAAGAAGCCGCAUCCUAACGCACAGUGCGUGUGUUGGGGGUGUGUAUGUAUAUAUAGACACCUGAGUAUCCGUGUUCGUGGUGUUUUGGCCUAUCUCAUCGUCCUUCUGUACCAGAGGAGGCAACUCCUUAAUCUUUGCUGGCAAGAUAUUUUGGGACUUUGUCCAGUUAGCCUCCAAAGCAUUUGCACACAGGUUCUCUCAUCCUGCGGCAGUUUUAGUGCUUUCAUUCCUUGAAGGGAGUGAUUUGCCUUCAAGUACCACCCCCUACCCUGGUCUGUUUAAUCCCAGCUGUCAUUCUGGAUAGCAUCGUUUUUGCUUCGUUUUUCUUUUCCAGGAAGCUGUGGCACAAAUUUACUGAAAUCUCAGUUUGGACACUGUAACAUAUGCAUGCAUGGCGAUGAUUGUGGUAUCUCAUCACUUAAAUCUACUCUGACCUAUGACACUCUCCGAUUUGCUGAGUUUGAAGACUUCCCUGAGACCUCAGAGCCUGUUUGGAUCCUGGGAAGAAAAUAUAGCCUUUUCACAGAAAAGGAUGAGAUCUUGUCCGAUGUGGCGUCAAGGCUUUGGUUUACAUACAGGAAAAACUUCCCAGCCAUCGCAGGGGGAACUGGCCCCACCUCGGACACGGGCUGGGGCUGCAUGCUGCGGUGUGGACAGAUGAUCUUUGCCCAAGCCCUGCUGUGCCGGCACCUAGGCCGAGACUGGAGGUGGACACAGCGGAAGCAGCAGCCAGACAGCUACGUCAGCGUCCUCAGUGCAUUCAUUGACAGGAAAGACAGUUACUACUCCAUUCACCAGAUAGCACAAAUGGGAGUUGGUGAGGGCAAGUCCAUCGGCCAGUGGUACGGGCCCAACACAGUCGCCCAGGUCCUCAAGAAGCUUGCUGUCUUUGACACCUGGAGCGCCUUGGCAGUCCAUAUAGCGAUGGACAACACGGUGGUGAUGGAGGACAUCAGAAGGUCAUGCAGGAGCAGCCUUCCGUGUGCAGGGGCCACUGCGUCUCCUGCAGACUCCGACCGGCACUGCAACGGCCUCCCUGCCGGGGCUGAGGUUGCCAGCAGGCCCCCGUGGAGGCCCUUGGUGCUUCUCAUCCCCCUGCGCCUGGGGCUCACAGACAUCAACGAGGCAUAUGUGGAGACUCUGAAGCACUGUUUCAUGAUGCCCCAGUCCCUGGGGGUGAUCGGCGGGAAGCCCAACAGUGCCCACUACUUCAUUGGCUACGUUGGUGAGGAGCUCAUCUACCUGGACCCUCACACGACACAGCCGGCUGUGGGGCUCACUGACAGCUGCUUUAUUCCGGAUGAGAGCUUCCACUGCCAGCACCCCCCCAGCAGGAUGAGCAUCGGGGAGCUCGACCCGUCCAUCGCCGUGGGCUUUUUUUGUAAGACGGAGGACGACUUCAACGACUGGUGCCAGGAAGUCAGAAAGCUGUCGCUGCUCGGAGGUGCCCUGCCUAUGUUUGAGCUGGUGGAGCAGCAGCCUUCCCACCUGGCCUGCCCUGACGUCCUGAACCUGUCUGUAGAUUCUUGUGAUGUAGAGCGAUUGGAAAGGUUCUUUGACUCAGAAGAUGAAGACUUUGAAAUCCUGUCCCUUUGAAAAUCCUGGAGUUUGGGGACGGUCCACUGGCCCUCGAUGGGGAUGCCUCCAAGAGCCCAGCCCUGCCUCGGGGUGCUUGGUGUCUCUGCAGCAUUUCAUCCAUCCAGCCCGCCCGCCCACUGAGUGCCGUGCCUCACGCCACCUCUGCCCUGGAUGGAGGACUGCACCGUUCUGGGGGCCCCACUGCGAGGCGUGAGGCCGCUUGGCCCAGAAAGCUCAUUGAGGCUGCGAGGCACGAAUGAGGGGCCGCCUGCAGGAGGCCCAGCGCAGCCGGGCCAGAGUUUCCGAGAGCAGCGCCUUCACACCUCAGAGCUCCCCUGAAGACACUGCCGGCCCUGCCCUAGUGCAUCGCCUCUGUCCUGCUUCGUCCUGGGCUCUCGGUUCUGGGUUUGCUUUGGAAUUAAAAGUCCUGUUUGAAGUUGCUCAACAGAGACAUGAAUUUCUGUCGGGCGUGUCCCAGGUCCAUCCCAGAAGACCUGCCAGGCGGGCAUGAGGAGCAGCAUCCGCGGACUGGGCCUUGGUGCUGGCCCUUGGCCUGUGCCCCGUAUGGUGUAUCGAGGGCAACCUCAGUGGGAGAUGGGGUGAGGGGAUCAUGGCGAGGCUCCUCCUCACUUUGGGGAGAGAAGUGGCAAGGGGGUGGGGCACGGUGGGAAUCAGAGAUGUCCCUGUGCACCGGACUCUCCAGGACAGAUGUGCCAGCGCUCCCGGAGCGGGGUUCCAUUUGCAGGUUGUGGCACUGAUACGCCCCACAUGCUGCUAGCUGGCUUGUCAUGCCAGCUUCCCCUGGGUGAGUGGGGGGUGAAGUCAGUGGGAGCUGCCCUCGCCUGGGACCUAGGCCUGGCAGGGAGGCGUGAAGGCACACUGCCACCUGGAGCCUCCCGUGUGUCCUCGUCCAUCUCAGUAUGGCCUUCCUGGCCACCAAGGCCUCAGAUGGUUUGGGGCUCAAGGGUAAAUCCUGAUCUUUAUGGUGCAAGGUACACCCCCUCCCCCAGCUUCUCAAGGCCUCAGCUGAUGGGCCUUGGUGCCAGGUGUCCUGGGCCCCAGACCCACACAGGUCUGCAGUCCCCCCAGGAAGUGCACGUGGGGUCUGGGGAGCUGGGGGGCAAUGGACACCUUCAGUGUGUUACCGAGGACGUGAGUCAUGAUAUUUCCUCUGCCUCCCUGCCUGCACCCCUCAGGUGGGGGUGGGGGACGGUGGGGCAGGUGGGCCACAGGCCAGGCCAGGAGGCUCUGCGGCAGCUCCUGCUCUCGCUGUGAAGCGUGGCAGGGCUGGCAUCUUGACCAAGGGGCUUUGUCCUGUGUGUUUUGAAAAAGGUUUGCUGAAGAGAAUGUUCACUCCUAGUAGCAUAGUUUGCAACUCUCAAUGGCCAAUAAUAAGUUUCAGCAGAAAA